AUGGCCACUUCAGCUUGGUAUGAUUCGUGGUGUGAGCUGUGUCCGUUGGGAAAUCUUAUCUCUCCUUCGAUGAUGAGACAGGCGGGGCUAUCUAUCCAUUCGAAAGUUGCUGAUCUUAUCUCGGAAGGUAAUUGGAAUUGGCCGAUCCACUGGUUAACGUCUUACCCGGUCUUGAAUCAACUACCGUCUAUUAAUCUUUCAGAAGGGGUUAGGGACGUUGUUUUGUGGAAAGACAUUAAUGAGCGCCUGGUCCCGUUCAGUUCCUCUGACGCGUGGGAGUGCAUUCGUUCUCGUGGCACUCAGGUGAGCUGGUACAAUCUGGUCUGGUUCUCGCAAUGUAUUCCAAGACACGCUUUUGUUCUAUGGCUCGUAUUCAGAAGAAAGUUAGUCACACAAGAUAGAAUAAGGCAAUGGAACAUUGAUAACAAGGAUUGCAUGAACUUAAUGUGCUGUUUGCUUUGUCACAAUAACAUCGACUCGCAUCAUCAUCUUUUCUUUGAAUGCAAGUAUGCGACAGAGGUUUGGAAACGUGUUAACGAGAAUUCAGCCAUGAAGGCCGUGGGUUCUAAUUGGAAUGAGAUUGUUAGCUGGUUACUUCCUCGGGCUCGGUCGAGAUCCAUAGCCACCAUUAUUGGCAAGCUUUUGGUUGCGGCUACAACUUAUUUUAUCUGGCGGGAAAGGAACUCCAGGUUUUUCAACAAUCAAUUGCGGCCUCCAGAAAAAUUGGCUGAUCACAUCAUCAGCAAUGUUCGACUUAAGCUCAAAUCACUAAAGUUCAAGGACACAACACAUGUGCGACAGGUCUUACAAGAGUGGGAGAUUAGCUUUGAAGACACUUAG